AUGAACACACAAGAGAAAACAGAUCUAGUCCAACCUGGUAGACGCUGGGUUGCUGCACAAUCCCUCACAGAGUCAGGAGUUUAUCAGCCUGAUAAAGAGCUCAGUGUGGAUAUCGGAGACUCGGCGACUCUGCAGUGUUGUAUUUCUGAAAAUGUAUUUGGGGUAAUCGCCUGGUUUAAGCAACCAAACAGAAAAAAACCUCAGAUUAUAGUCAGGGUGUAUAAAACUGCUGGAGAUACAUUUUACAGUGAAUUCCAAAAGUCACAUUUCCAAAUAGAAAGAUCUUCAAACUGCUUCAAUCUGAUCAUUUUAAACAUCAUUCAGUCUGAUGAAGCCAUGUACUACUGUGCACUGACGGACCUCAUGCCCGUGUUUGCAGAUGGAACUUAUUUAAAAAUUAAAGGUGAACAUGUUACUAUUGAAUCAGAAACAUCUAAACCAGCUCUGGGUGAUAAUUCAGUGGGCUGUGAACCAACACUGCAUGGAAACAGCAUUAACAUGAACACACAAGAGAAAACAGUGCUCGGUUUGGGAACAGCUUUGGGUUUGUGUGCACUUCUGAUUUUCUGUCUCAUUUAUUUCAUACUGAGGAGAAGAAAAUGGGAUAAAAUGAACACUUCUAUAGAAGAUUCUAAAGGAAUGAAUCAGGUACGUGAAUCUGAAGCUGAAUCACUGAAUUAUGCAGCUUUGAAAUUCUCCAAGAGGAAACCCAAAGCUGGAAAAAAGAAAACUGACUCUUCGGAUGAGUGUGUGUACGCCGAUAUCCAGUCCAACCCGGGAGACGCUGGGUUGCUGCACAAUCCCUCACAGAGUCAGGAGUUUAUCAGCCUGAUAAAGAGCUCAUCUGAUGAAGCCAUGUACUACUGUGCACUGACGGACUCCAGCCUUGUGUUUGCAGAUGGAACUUAUUUAAAAAUUAAAGGUGAACAUGUUACUAUUGAAUCAGAAACAUCUAAACCAGCUCUGGGUGAUAAUUCAGUGGGCUGUGAACCAACACUGCAUGGAAACAGCACUAACAUGAACACACAAAAGAAAACAGAGUUUGAGAUCAGUGAGAAGUGCAGUGUGUCGCUGUCCAUGGUGUUGAAACUCCUGUAA